CUUGGGGAACAUGCAGUAUUUUCCAGUGCUGCCUUUCUGUGAGGCAGCCUCUGCAUGCCCAUCUGUCAGACCAAAGCCAUGUGUGCCAUGUUACUCUGAUGGUGAUUUGCUGUCUAUAGUGGGGUUGUGUCUUAAUGGAAAUCAUAAGGAUUCAGUUCACAUAUGCCAUCUUUUCCUGAGAGGUGUGCAACCUCAUGAGUAGUAUUAAAAAGAGCUCUUUUGAAAGAUCAAGCUCUUAAAAGGUUGCCCAACUUUGCAGAAAUGCCCUUUGGGAUUUCUAAGGGUCUGUGAAAGUAGAGCUUUCCAUUGGCUGUGGGAGGAAGGCUGCAGCCCACAGAGCUCACAUUUAUCCUCGUGCUGUGCUCUGGCCAUGGUGUGAAUAGAGUUGAGUAGGGGAUGAGGUAUUUUAGGCUUUGAAGUACUUUGAAAUCUCUGAUGGAACCAUCUUUGUGGCUUUAGAAAGUCACUCCCCUUCUUUUGCAUGGUUCAGCACCUUGGGGUACUUUCUCCAACCAAAUGUUGAGGAUCUGUCAGAGCUUCCCCUCAAGUUUUUGCUGUGGCUUUGUAUCAGCAGCCAUAGAGAAGAGAAACCCAUCGUGAAUGAAGCUGCUGUUCCCUCUGCCAAAAAUAGGCCCUGGGAGGUUGUUUUGGCAUAUCUGGCUCAGCUGACAAGAAUUACUUUUUGGCAAAUUUGCUUUGGGUGGGCGUGGGUGUGGAUGGGUUCAGGAGGGCUGCCUUCCAAGACCAGCACCUGACAUUUACACCCUCUCUUUCCAGUGGAGCCACUGGCAGGCGUGGAGGAGAAGGCUCAGUGCAUCGGCAUUCCUGACAGGGCCUAUGCCAAACUCCUACCUCAUCCCAAGCCCCCCCUGCCCGUGGAGUGUGCCCGGCGCAACCUGCCCCCAGAUGGGGAGGGAGAUGGCUCCGGCCUGAAGAGUGAUCUGAAGGCCAACCAGAGCAAGGGCACGUGGCCAGCUGAGAGCACCUACGCCGGCCCAGGUGCCCAGGGGUGCAUGAGGGACCUGGCAUCCACCCCUGAGCGAGGAGGACCCGUGUCUGAAAACGGGGCAGCGGGCGAAGGGCCGGCAGAGAGCAAGGGGUUGGCUGCCAGCCUGAUGGAGAAGCCCCUCUGCAGUGGGGGGAAGGCUCUGCCCGAAGCGGCCGUGCCUUGCAUGGGGCAGGGCACCAGCCUUCCCACCAUGGAUGCUGGCACCGUGGGAGCUGCCCCCAACCAGUUCCACCCUCUCUACAUGCCAGGUCUGGAGUACCCGAAUUCAGCUGCUCGUUACCACAUCAACCCGGGGCUGCAAGGGUUCAGCCCAGUGAUGGGUGGGAAGCCUCCCCCAGUGUCCCACCCGCAGCAUUUUCCUGCACGGGGCUUCCAGCCAAGCAGUGCCCAUCCCGGGGUCUUCCCUCGCUAUCGGCCCCACCAGGGCAUGCCCUACCCCUACCAGCCCCAGCCUCAACCUUCUUACCACCACUACCAGCGGCCACCCUACUACGCCUGUCCGCAGGGCUACUCGGACUGGCAGAGGCCUCUUCACACCCAGGCCAGCCCCAGCAGCCACCCGCCCCUGGCCAGACCCCCUUUCUCUGACCGGGGGAAUGUGAGCAGCUUGCAGGGCUGUGAGGCACUGAGUGCUGCCCUGGCUUCUCCCAACCGCAUGGACGUAGCGAGUGCCAAAGAGGUUUCUCCAAGUGACGGGCAGGAUCUGGGGCCUGAAGAUGAGAAGUCUGAGGAAUCCCAGGAGCGGCCGGAGAGUCCCAAAGAGUUCCUAGAUUUGGACAACCAUAACGCGGCCACGAAGAGGCAAAGCUCGGUGGCAGCAGGAGAGUUUCUCUACGGAGCUCCCCCACCUCACCUGGGUUCGGGAAUGGGAUUUGGGCCAUCAGCUUUCCCUCCCCAUGGGAUGAUGCUACAGACUGGCUCUCCCUACACAUCCCGGCAUCCCGCCGGUCAUUUCCAGCCCAGGACGUAUGGAUCACCCAUGAAUGCCCACCUGUCUCAUCAUCCAGCCCCUGGCCAGGCUAAUGGCCUCUCUCAGGAGGGACCCCUGUACCGCUGCCGGGAGGAGAACAUAGGUCACUUCCAGGCCUUGCUGAUGGAGCAGAGAGGCAGUGGAGGUGGCAUGGGGGGGCCACCCCAGGACUUGUAUAGACCAUCGGGAAUGCAAAUGCAUCAGGCUCAAGUUCCUUUCCCGAAGAUGCCUACAGCAACCAUGUCUCGAGAAGAUCUGACGCCACAAAAAUCAUCAGCGUUGCCUCUGGAUCAAAGCUAGUCUGAGGAAGGAAGGACCUCACGAAGACGAAAGCCACACGUAAUUUGGACAAAGGGGAGGAGGGGCAGGCCUUCCUCCCACCCUCCCCUCACCCAAGCAGCAUGUAGCUUCCUGGGUCCAUGGAUCACAGCAUCCCGACGGCAUUUGUGCUGGAAUCCCGGAGCUGUGCUGGGCCCCAGCCAACCGGCCGAGCAGCCAGCUUGCCAGCGCAGGGCGAGCAUCGCCAAACUAGUGGCUUUCUGUGACUGGAGACUGCGUCUCGUUCAGGGUUUGAGGGAUUUUGGGGUGGGGAGGGUGGGGGUGGGGGCUGGAACUUUCAUUGACUGCUAAACUCAGGUAUAUUUUUCAGGGUGGAAGAGGACGAUGAUGGAAUUUUACUUGUAGUAUUAACGUGUGUGUUUUGGAGCUGGAUCCAGUUUACAGAAUUUAACCUGUUGCCUUUUUAAAUAAAUUUCUGUUGUUGGUGAAUGUAUUGUACAUAAUGGGGGAGGGGGUGGGCCCAGCUUGUAGUGGGCUUAGCACUGGAGGAAUCUGUUUACAAUCAUAUCACACUGAAGUCUUUCAGGAUAGGGUGAGGGUCUGGGGGAGUGGGGAGAGGUCAGGGAACAUGCGAUGAAUGACUUGCUGUCCUUUGCAGCUGUGAUGCCACCCGAUAGUUGUUUGGCUGAAUAUCAGGAAUUGCUCAGGAGCAUAACGUGUCCUCCUCUUUCUCUUCUCCUCUUCCUCCUUCACUCUCACCCCUGCCUCUGCCCCUCCAGAUCCAGGGCCUGAGUGCACUUCUAGCUCCUGUCAUCAUGGGGGAACAAGGAAACCAGGACCAGGAAUUGAAACCAGCACAGGAUGCUCACAGAAUUGUCCCUUCUGCUAGCGUAAUACCCUUCUCCCUGCCUUUCUCAUAGGAGUAGUUUGUGCUCAUGGAAACAAGAAAGGGCACAGUUGGUCAUCUUGGACUUCUUUUGGUGAAACCAGUGCCUGCUGAGUGUGGAGCAGCACCUAUCCCAUGGAACAAGUGUUGUACAGGACUGUAUUCCCUGCUGACAAGGAGGGGAAUGGCAUCCCUCCUUAGUUUCUCUGUCCUUUGCUAUAUUUACCUAUGGGCAGCAGCAAAGCAGAAAGUAAGCUGAGAUCCCUGACAUCUCAGUUGCCUGUGGAAGUAAGAGCAUGAGGUUGGUUUGAGGGAACAGUUUGCUACAGUGUGAGCUGUUUGUUGGCCAGGAGUUGGAUUUGGUUACAGCAAGUAGCAGGUGAUUCAGAAAGCACUGAUUUGAAAUCCAGAGUUGGUGGAAUGGCUCAGGCAGUAAGAGACAAGAGAGCUGUGUGCUCAAAUGGAGUCUGUUCUUCUCCACCUUUGAUGCUAUAGUAGCAAGUACCACAGGCUGGUGGCAACUUCCCUCCAAGUCAAUACGCAGUCUGUAGGGACUCUCCACCAGCAAUGGCACUGCACAGAGGAACCCCUGUGCCCCAGUCUUUGGCCAGACACUGAAGUUCAAGUGUAGGUUUGACAAAUAAGUUGCUUAGAAAUCUCAUCUGCAGGUAUGUAUCCACAUAAACGAACUAUGUUAAAACUAACAUAGCUGAAUGUUUUCGGGAGAGCUGGGGUAAAGCCAGGUAGAAUUGCUACACUGCAAGUCUGGGCAGAAAGAUCUGCUGGAUCACAGCCCCAAUAUGGGCUGCAGUUGGCAUUGAAGGGACAGUGGUGUAAUUAGGACAUGCUGUUGUGCCUGCCAAACUGUGGUAGCAGAGGUGAGCAUGUGAGGACAGAACAGCAUGCCCUGGAGUCUGCAGUACCAGCCAGGGAAAGGUUCCUGGCUUCAGGUUUCUGGAGAAUUUUUCUGCCUAUGUUGUCAUUUCAAACGGUGCCGUCACCCAUAGUAGCCGGGUUGCAUCAGCAUGCAUGGCCACACCAAGCCUAACAGGAGUUAAACUUCUUCCUGCUAGUCACACAGGUGUCUUUAUGAGACUGCUCCUUACUGAGUGCUUCAGCCAGCCUGUCGCCUGCAGCUGCUCUCUGUUCUGGCUACUCCCCAGAGGAAGACUUCGGUAUGAGAAUGUGUGUAAGUGUAACCACUGUUCAGUUCAGAAAGCUUAGGACAAAUGAAGAAGCAAUUCUGCUUCUGUUUUUAACGCUGUCUUUAAUUCUCGUAGUUAAUUUUCAUUAAAAAUGGAGGCUCUGUAAAGUCUAACUUAGAGCAAAGUAUUUGAAAUGCUGGGAACAUGAAUGCGUGUUCUGCAAACAACCCUUGUCGUACUUCAGCCUGUAUCUUCUGCAUCACGGAUGGUAACCCAGAUACUUGAAGUGCCUUUCAGCUCAUGGUGAACUUUGUGGAAUAGGAGGUUUUAGAUGCUGUAAAAAAAGCCAAAGCACUCUUGAUCUUCAGCUGGAACUGGCACUGAAAAUGUGGUUCUGGGGGGGGGGCCCCUAUGGCAUCUGGAUGGGUGCCAACCCAAGGUCAGAACAGGAGGAAUAGGGAAGGCAAGGAUUGCUUGUGGUCUGCCUGGAGAGAAGGUAAUUGAGAGUUAGGCAGUGAUAGAUAUCCCUAGGAUCCUAUAUGGAGUAUGAGGCAUGCUGUCCCUUACCCGGCAGGGUUGAGUGGGUUUCUAAGUAAAUGGCUUUUGAUUGGUAGUUGGUAAUUCUGAUGAAAAUGACUAACAGAAGUUGCUACUGGGGGGGACACGUGGUUUGUAUGAGAAAAAUGCUGAUGUAGCACAGAGGGGGAACAAUGGCUGGACUACAGGGAUAUCCUAGGGACAGGGCACGCUCAGAUCAAGUGUUGCUUGUGGAACCUUAGUUCUGAGUUUCCAGACUUUGAAAUACUUUGCUCGGAAAUGUUUGCGGGUUGUGUUUGGGUUGGAUUUUGUGUUUUGUUUUUUUUGGGGUUGUUGUUUUGUGACAUCUAAGCACACCAACCCUUUCUCCCCCCAAAAUCAGAGUUCUAUCUCGCUGGGUACAAUCUGAACAAAUCACUGAAAAUUUGCACCUCCCAGAGACCGGGAGCAGUUAGUGGGGUGGGACAACAGCAAAAGUGCACAGAGAGAAGCAGAAAAUGAGAUUUUCAUUGUUUCUGGUAUCCCACCUAUGCUGUGUGGGCUGGUUUGUAGAUAUUGUGAAAGGGACAGAUUUAACGAGGGAUUUAGAAUAGAGUAAACCAGCAGCUCUUUAGAUACAAGCUGAGGUUGUUUUCCUUGAGUUGGUGUACAGUGCUGAAGGAAAGUAGCUGCAUUUUUUAAAUAUCCUUUGAUUAUUGUAUUCACGUCAGUCGAAAGACUUUUCAACAGAAUACAGGAAAAUUCUGGAAUCUGAUGAGAACCUCUUCUUUCUCAUCCACUGCAGUGCUGUAGUACAGUAUAUUACCAAGUGAACCUUUUUCAGAAGGCAUAUUGGGCAAGUGACUUUGCAAAAUUUCCUGUAGGUAUUAUUUUUUUCAUAGGAAAUACAUGUUUUGUAAUUAUAGAUGUAGGUCACUCUGAAAAUAAUGCCUCCUGUUUGUUUCCUCUCUUCCCGCAUGGAGGAAUUCAGUUCUGUACUUCUGCUUCAAACCCACUUCUAUGUCGGAUGCCAUUCUGUCAGACUGCCUUUCUGCUGCCAUCUGUCACACGGCAACAAAAUGUAACAGAAUAUUGGUGAGAGGGUUCGACCUUUACUGCCAUACCACCAACAUCCAACUCUGGCAUUGUGGGCCAGCAGAAUAAAAUAGGAGGCAUUACUUUCAUAGCAGCCCUUGUACGUGUCGAACAAGAUUGCAUAAUGGAACAAACACAGUGCUGAGCAUGCCAAAAUCUCCCAGGGCUCUUGUGGUACAAGUGGCACGUGGUGCUCAGUCCCAUCCUAAAUGCAGUUGUAUCAUCUUUUGCUGGGACUCUGGGAACUUUUGGCAUCUUCAGCACCAUGGGGCCCUGGCAAUUGAACCAAGUAUUUUGGGAAGAUCAGAAGCUGAGGGUUCACAGGGAUCUGAGCCAUGUCCAGCAGAAGUUUGCAGUCUUUAAAUGCCAUGGUGUGACCAAAGCGUGCGGUGGCAAGCCACGGCACCAGCCUGCAAUGAGAAGGAUAAAAGAGGAAAGUAAAUUUGAAGUCUCAAGGCCUGGCUCGUUUGAUCUGUGACUUUAAAGUACACGAAGACACUUUUCUUGGAAUGGCUUCUAGUUCUUUCUCAUCUGCUGAAUGCCUUUCCCAUGCAGAAUUCUGAAGCAAAUCUCCUGUGUGUAUUUUUGUACGUGUGGUUUCUCGGGGUCUUGGAGAGCUAUCAGCUUCUUGUGUCUUAUCUGAAAGCUCAUCACAGGGGCUGUCUCUCAUUCUGCUGACUGAGGCAGCUUCUCUCUCUUUACAGCAACACUUCUCCAUUUAAAAUGAAAGUAUAAUGAGAGAACGACCUGCAUCUGUCUGCUCCACUGAUGGCUGUCAGCUUUCUGUGCGUUCUGCACUUACAUGCAGUGUCUGAGAGUCCAUGGGAGCUUUGUAGUUUUAAUGCUGAUGGCCAUGUGUCCACUUGAGCUUUUUCUCUUUGUUCUGCAGCAGUGGAGAUUUGGCACAUUUCUAAAAUGUGGAUGUCAGAGGAGGGUGCGUGCAGGAGAGAGCCAUGACUGCAUCCAGCAGUGGAAAGGGACACGAAGGAAUAAUUAGGGCUAAAGAAUCAUUGGGAUUGUCACCAGCUCCGGAAGGUCUCUCUAUCCAUUGAUUUUUGUUUGUUUGGAAAAACAUGGCAAAAGAGCAGUAAUUG